AUGCUGGUCGUUGAUUUGCUGACAACGGUGGGUCAGCUUGCUAGCGUCAUCACUCAAAAAACGAAAGAACUAGAUAAGCUCAAGGCAGAAUAUGAAGCGAAGAUACAGAUUCUUGACAAAUACAUCGCCAAAGUUACCGAGAAUUUACCCGAAACAGACUCGCCCAAUAAAACCGAAGCAGCUGAGUUGCUACAAAAAGAACUCCGAUGUCAAAAUUGUCUGCAUCUUAUCUACAGUUUGAAUGAGCAGUCAGAGUACGUGCUAGUUCCGAAACUAGUCGCCCUAGAAAAGGGAGCUCAGGUGCCGGAGCUACUACAGUCUUUGGAACAGCUCCAGCUUGGCUCAGAAAGUGCCGAUUCAACGCCUCCACCUCAGAAUAGCCGACCUCCUCAACCUCGAAACAAGAAGCAGCAUGCUAAGCUGAAAAGAACCUGCUCCUACUGCGACGAACCAGGCCACACACGAGCCAGGUGCCUUGCAAGAUUGAAUGGAGAGCCUCCGAAAGCGCAGAGUCAGUGA